UCGAAGGAAUCUACGGCACUGGGCUUCAUGCCCGUGUCUGGCAAGCGGCGGCUGCGCAAUCACGGUUGUUAGUGGCGUGAUCUUGCCGUCAUGGUUUGCUCUGUUGGUUUGCUCCGUUGGUUGUCGCCGGUGUUGGUUGCGAUGGCCGGAGCUGUGCUUAGUGGUGGCGUCGGUGCAGUCUGUGGAGGUUGACGUCGUCUGCGGUUGCCGGAGCCACGUUUAGUGGUGGUGUGGCUCUCCCGGUGGUUGUUCAGUGCGUGGGUUCAGUGGAGAUUGGACUGACGUGGUCACCGGCCAUCUCGGUUGUCGCUGCGGAGGAUCUGCGUUGGGCCGGGUCACUCAAACCCGCACGGGUCAGCCCAGUCCAUUCGGUUCAGUUCCGACCGCUCCGUGUUCCAGUCAACCCGACCCGCUUUUAACUCGAUCCGGUUCAUCCAGUUCCAGACCCGGUUCAGACAUUCCAGAUCCUGUUCAUCCAGUUCCAGAUCCGGUUCAUCCAGUUCCCGACCCGGUUCAACCCAUUUUAGACCCGUUCAGCUUGGUUCAGGUCCAUUUUACACACUUUAUUGCUUGUGUUGUGUUUUUGGGCUUUCUUCUUCUUGUUGGUACACUUUGGGGUAGUUUCGACUCAGCAUGACUACUCCUACUAAAUCAGAUAUACCCACUUCGGCUUCUAUGGGUAAUAUACCACUGACAUCCGUGAAAUUAAAUGGCAAAAAUUAUGUCUAUUGGGCACGUUCUGUUGAGGUAUCCUUGCGCGGGAAGGGUUUGUAUACUCAUUUGCAAUCAGGCAAACCGACUGAUUCUACUUCCACCAGCCUUUGGGAUCAGGAAGACAAUCAGAUUAUCUCUCUUAUGCUGAACAGUGUUGAACCUCACAUUGGAUCCUCGUGUAUUUAUCUUCCUACUGCCAAGGAUAUCUGGGAUCAUCUUAGUCAUAUGUAUUCUGGUACUGGCAAUAUUACUCGCAUUUAUGAAGUCUGCAAACAAUACUUUGGACUCGAGCAAGGUGCUCAGCCUGUGGACGAGUAUUACAAUCAGGUUGUGGCCAUCUGUCAGGAGCGGGAUAUGUAUCAACCACUCUCAACUGAUCUACAGAAAAUGGGCAAGCAACGUCAAGAUGUGGAUGUGGUUCGCUUUCUUCUCGGUUUGAAACCUGAGUAUGAGUCAGUUCGUGCACAGAUCUUGGGUAGUUCAGAUCUCCCAUCUCUUCCUGAGGUUUUUUCUCGUAUUCAGCGUGCUACUCUAUCUGAUCAUGGCCCUGUGUUGAAUUCUGACCGUGAGGGUGAUCGCGCUGCUUUUAUUGCUGCCCGUGGUGGUUCUGGUAGUUCCCGUGGAGGACGUGUCAGUAGAGGUGGUCGUGGUUUUCGCGGUGGACGUGAUUCUCGAGGUAGUGGUCGUACGGGCGGUCGUGGGUCUCGCAAAUGCACUCAUUGUGGCCGAAACAAUCAUUCUGUGGAUUAUUGUUGGGAUCUACAUGGCACACCAUCUGGGUUUGCCAAUCAGGUGUCUUCUCAAGCAGAUUCUCUAGCCACCUCUGGACCCCCUGCUCCGUCCAGCCUCAAUUUGGAGUGUGAUGUCAUCUCCAUUCCGAAAGAUGAGUAUGCUCAAUUCUUGGCCCAUAAGCAAGCUUCUUCCUCUUCCAUUGCUACUCUUGCUCAGUCAGGUACUGCAUCUCACUGUCUUUUAUCCUCCACUAGCAACCCAUGGGUUAUCGAUUCUGGCGCAAAUGAACACAUGACUGGAUCUCAAGACGAAGAGGAUGAUUGGUAUGGGGCAUGAAGUUGGUGGCUUAUAUUAUCUGGACCUCGCACCUACACCCGCCUCUCACGCUUUGCAGUCCUCGGCCUCCGCUCUUCAAUGGCAUUGUCGUCUUGGUCAUCCGUCUCUUCCUACUUUGAAGCAUCAAGUCCCAAGUCUUCGUUCUGAGUUAUCUGUGUCUUGUGAAGCUUGUCAGCUUAGUAAGCAUCGUCGUGUUUCUUUUCUGUCUAUAGUUGUCCGUAGGGUUUCGAGUCCUUUUGAGUUGGUUCAUUCUGAUGUAUGGGGUCCCAUUAAUAUCGCGUCCAAUAAAUUCCAUUAUUUUGUGACUUUUGUGGAUGAUUUUUCCCGUAUGACAUGGUUAUUUUUAAUGAAAAAUCGUACUGAGCUAUUCUCUAUUUUUCAAAUUUUCCGCAAUAUGGUUAAAACUCAAUUUGCUCAGAAAAUCCGUCUCUUGCGUUCGGAUAAUGCCAAAGAAUACACAUCCGGUCAUUUUACCUCUUAUUUGUCUGAUAAAGGCAUUAUCCAUCAAACCUCUUGUGCUCACACUCCACAACAAAAUGGUGUGGCCGAACGCAAGAAUCGUCAUUUAUUGGAUGUUACACGUUGUCUCGUCUCAUAUGCAUGUCCCCAAACAAUUUUGGAGUGAUGCUGUUCUCAUUGCUUGUUAUCUCAUUAAUAGGAUGCCCUCCUCGGUCUUAGAUGGUGUUUCUCCUCGUUCCCUUUUAUAUCCUUCUUCCUCCCCGUUCUCCUUGCCCCUUAAGGUAUUUGGGUGUGUUUGCUAUGUCCAUAAUUUAGGUCCCGGUUUUGAUAAACUUGACCCUCGUGCUACUAAAUGUGUAUUUCUUGGAUAUUCCUCCACUCAGAAAGGAUAUCGUUGCUAUAGUCCUGUUCUUCGACGCUACUUCACUAGCGCCGAUGUCACAUUUGUUGAGUCUCUCCCCUAUUUCCCUGCUACAACUUCUUUGGGUGACUCUUUUCUUGCACCUGAUGUUGCGUCCAUUCCGCUGCCUAUUCCAUUUCUCUCUGAGCCUACCUCUGCUCCUCCAGUCUUGUCGCCACCACACUCGCUUGCCCCACUCCAGCUUUAUACGCGUCGACCAUGCCCAUUAGCUCCUGCUCCUCCAUCAUCGUCCUCACCGUCUUCAGAUCCAGUGUUUCCACCUGCAUCAGACUCCUUGCCCAUUGCCCUACGGAAAGGUACACGUUCUUGCACUACUUACCAUCCUAUCAGUCAGUUUGUAUCCACUAGUUCUUUAUCUCCUUCACUACUUGUUUUAUUUCCCACCUCUCUCGUAUUUCCAUUCCAAAGACAGUGCAUGAUGCUUUAUCUCACUCCGGUUGGAGGCAAGCUAUGGAAUUGGAAAUGAGCGCCUUGCAUCAAAAUGGGACGUGGGAGCUUGUUCCUUUACCACCUCAUAAGAAGACUGUUGGUUGCAAAUGAGUCUUCACAGUUAAGUUUAAUCCUGAUGGUUCUGUUGAUCGAUUGAAAGCUCGGCUGGUUGCUAAAGGCUAUACACAAACGUAUGGUAUUGAUUAUGAUGAAACUUUCUCACCCGUUGCCAAAAUUUCUUCUGUUCGUGUUCUUAUUUCUUUGGCUGCUACUCUGGAUUGGCCCUUGUUUCAAUUGGAUGUCAAAAAUGCCUUUUUGCAUGGGGAUUUGCAUGAGGAGGUUUAUAUGGAGCAACCACCUGGGUUUGUUGCUCAGGGGGAGUCUCCAGGCCGUGUCUGUAAGUUGAAAAAGGCAUUGUAUGGUCUCAAGCAAUCAUCGAGGGCAUGGUUUGGAAAAUUCUCUAAAGCAGUAUUGAAGUUUGGUCUUCAGAGAUGUCAGACGGAUCAUUCAGUAUUUCACUUACACACUAGUGUAGGCUAUAUAUUUCUUGUGGUAUAUGUAGAUGAUAUUGUUAUUACUGGAGAUGAUUCAGAAGGCAUUGCUCGUUUAAAACAGUUUCUACAACAGCAGUUUCAUACAAAGGAUUUGGGCAAACUUCGAUAUUUCCUAGGUAUUGAAGUUGCUAGAUCUCGAACAGGUAUCAACUUAUCUCAGAGAAAGUAUGCACUUGAUUUAUUAGAAGAGACAGGUCUCUUGGGUUCUCGACCAGUUGAUGUUCCGAUGGAUCCAAAUAAGAAAUUAUUGAAGGGUGAAGGUGAAUUUUUUGAAGAUCCGGGCAGGUACCGCCGUCUAGUUGGGAAGUUGAACUAUCUUACUAUCACCAGGCCAGAUAUCUCAUAUGCAGUUAGUGUUGUUAGUCAGUUCUUGGAGGCUCCUCGGGUUUCAAAUUGGGAAGCUGUUACUCGCAUUCUUCGGUAUUUGAAGAGAGCCCCUGGUCUAGGAAUACUAUAUAGACCAAAUGGACAUCUUAGAGUCGAAGGUUUUACUGAUGCAGAUUGGGCAGGUUCUCCUUCAGAUAGACGAUCUACUACAGGUUAUUGCACAUUCUUUGGUGGUAAUCUUGUCACUUGGAAGAGUAAGAAACAAACAGUAGUGGCACGAUCUAGUGCUGAAGCAGAGUACAGGGCAAUGGCUCAUACUGCUACUGAAUUGACCUGGUUACAACAUUUCCUUCAAGAGAUUGGGUUCUCAGCUCCUACUCCUAUUCCGUUAUUUUGUGAUAAUCAGGCUGCUUUACAUAUUGCAUCUAACCCAGUUUUUCAUGAAAGGACUAAGCAUAUUGAGGUUGAUUGUCAUUUCAUCUUAGACAAGAUACUCGAUGGAGAUAUAUCUACAGCAUACGUGAAGUCUGGAGACCAGUUAGCUGAUGUGUUUACAAAAGCUUUGUGUCGGAACCAGUUAGAGUGUAUUUGUAACAAGCUGGGCUUAUAUGAUAUAUAUGCUCCAGCUUGAGGGGGAGUGUUAGAAUAAUAUAUUAGGGUUUGAGGGUAUUGUGGUCAUUGUAAUAUUCUCCAAAGCCUAUAUAAUAAUGUGUGAGGUAGGCUACGUAAGAUAAUAUAACGUGCCUCCUCUUUCUUUUCACAAAA